AUGAGUGGGUUUGAGCGCAUUCUCGCGCGUGUCAAUGGCGACGCCCUGCGCUCGUACUGCUCGUCCGCGAUCGAGGACGAGCUGCGCAACUUGCAGACGAGCAUGCAGAUGUGUCUGGACAAGGCGGAGCAGGCGCUUGCCGUCCAGGACGCCGUCGCCAAGCUGGACGUGCCGCUCAGUCGCGAGAACGCGGCCACUUGCGCCGAUAUUAAGCGCCAAUUCCUCACGUUCAGCGCAGAUCUCGAGUCUUUUAUCAAGGAGCAGCGGAAGCUGCAGGCCGAAGAGCCCGAGGACAGUCUCGAUGCCCGGCAGAAGCAGAGCGAAAAGCGGAAUCGAGAGCACGUGACGAAACUGUUGGGCAAGAUCCAGCAUCGCAUCACGCGCAAGCGAAGCGACGCGUGGAUCGACAAGAACUUUGCUGACGUGGCUAGUGUGGCCGAUUUGAUUGGACGUGGGGCACCGGCCGGUCCAGAUAAGACGCUACGCAAUGAGUUGGUGCUCGUGCUGGAUCAUUUGAUCUCUGCCGUGCUGUUGAGUCCGUUGACGACUCAAUUGACGCUGCAAAACAUGGACGAGGUGCUACAGAAGAUGGCUGGUGUGCACGGGGAUAUUGACGAGUAUAUUAGGUCGUCAAGUGAACUGCUGGCCAAGAAACGGCCGUCCUAUGCCUUGCAGAGUGAGCUGGUCAGUAACGAGUCGAACAAUAUCGUAUACGCAGCAGACGAGCCGCAGGUCAAGAGACAGCGUGCUGGUCACACCGAGUUAUCGGUCAAGAUCGAACAGACUGCCGCUGCUGUUGCGGCAGCAGAGGCUGCGGGGGGAGACGUGAUUUACGAGGUCUUUGUGUCAGACCUGCCGUGGGGAACCACAAAGGAGGCUGAUGUGGCGUCGUAUUUUGGUAUCGCUGGCGCAGUCGUGUCGGUGCAAAUGCCUAUAAUGGCUGAUGGAAGCACUGUGGGUGUAGCAAUUGUGCGUUUUGCAGCGCUCGAAGGGAUGACGCUUGCGCUGCGGAUGGAUGGGUAUCCCUUCAACGGCAAAAACAUUCGCGUGGCUGUACACAAGUCUCAUUGA